CUGAAGGUUAGAGAGGGGAGGGAGCUCUGAGUUGUAGCCAGCCCAGGGUGUCACUGUCAGAACAGCCGAGGCAGGGAAAAAGGAGAAGCGGGAAUAAGAAUGGCAGAAAAUGUCCUUUAUGCUGACCUGAACUUGCCUGAACCAACCAGACCCAGAAUCCUGACGGUCCCUGAUGUCCAAGGCUCAGGUUGUACCUACGCAGAAGUGAAAGUGAAAGCCCAAGACACAAAUGCUGCAGCAAACUGCAAAUCAUCAGGUAAAAGCUGUUGUUCCAGAAAACAUGUUGCUAUAUUGGUGGUGAUAAUCCUCGUACUGGUCCUGGCAGUAUAUUUAAUAAUCACGUAUGGUCCAACUGCAAACAGCCAACAGGACUCAACAACAACCAUCCCUGAAGAGGCACUAGGCUGCCCCCCACCAUGGAAAAAACAUGGGAGAAAAUGCUACUUCUUUUCUCCAGAGGCGAAAGCAAAGGACUUGAAAGGCUUCCGUGCAGAAUGCACUGCCAAGGGCUCAGACCUGGUGGUCAUUGACAGCAGGGAAGAGCUGAGUUACCUGCUCUCACAAUCAAGAUUUAACUACUACUUACUUGGUCUCACAUACUCUCCAGAGGAGCAGAAGUGGAAGUGGAUCAACACCGUGGAACAUGACCCAGCCAUGUUCAGGAUAAGUAGAAUUUACCCUGACUAUCUCUGCACGGUCAUUGGAUUUGGUGAAGUACAAUCUGCACCUUGUGGUGGAUCCACAACAACACAAAAUAUGUGUGAAAAAGCUGCUACAAUGACAAAAAGGCUUCAGAAGGAGAGCUAAAAACAAGAGGUCCAGGCUGAUAUGUUAUGCCCAGCUUCCUGUAGGAACCAUGGAUGGGAUGUGUCUCAUUUCUCUUUAGCUGCCCAGUCUCUGCUCCCAGGCUCUCCUGCAGCCUCUCUCCAGACUCGGGGCUGAGCUCAGCCCACCCUUUCCCUGAUGGUGUCUGAGCCUGCAUGGAUCCCCUCUGGAAGAGCUGGCCCUGGCACACAGGAGGAGUCUGGGACUGUCUCAUGCCAGAGGUGGCACUUCCAGGCAGGCCCUGCCAGGGCAGAGGACUGCAGCCUGGGGACAGGAGUGAUCCCAAACAGAUCCUGACUCUGCAAGUCACAUCCAUCCACAGCCCUGUGUUCCCAGUCCUGCCUGGGCACAAGGAGACCCUUCCCCUCCUGGCCUUGCCUGCAGCCACAAGGGAAGCGCAGCACAGAUUUCUGGCUGGGAUCCUGUAGGGAAGGACAACCCCACUCCUUGCCAGGAUGUGCAGGAUAAAGUCAGGUGAGGUUGUGGAUAAAUCUUGUGCCAGACUGUUCCAAGAGCACAGAGUAUCCCAGAGCCUGGGAGGGGAACUGGAAUCAGCCCAAAGGAAAGGAUCCUACAGCAGCACAGCUCUGGGCAUAAAAUCAGCCCCAGUCCUGUGUGGGGAAGGAAGGAAUGGGAGAUUUUGGAUCUGCUGGGGAAGGCCACAGGAUGGAGACCAGCAAGGCCUGGAGAACAGAGUCCCAACAGAAGCUGAGCUGGACAGAAAACAGGACAAUGAAACCCACAGUGACCUGUGAAGAAGCUGCUGAGAAGCAUGAGAGUGAAUUCCACAGGGAAUGGCAUCACCAUGCUCUGCCCUCUUUUCCUUGGAAAUGGAUCACAGGACAGGGCAGCUCUAUUGAUGUGCUCUGGGUGUCCCCAGAGAGCUCCACUCAGCUGUCUGGGCUGACUGCUGGGCCCCUGGACAGUUCCUCUCCUUUCCAUUGCAUGUAAUAAAGCUUUUA